AUGAAUAUGUUCAAACGUUGUAUUUUUGUAUUUUCAGUCGUUUCUUUUUCCACAACCCCAGAGACUUUUCCUUUGGUUGUGAGAUUUCUUACAAAGCGUUUUAUUUGGGAGUACGAUUCUUCGCAAGAAAGAACAUAUCGUCAUCAAACAGUCAUUGAUGAAGAACACGUCCUCCUGGAAAUUCUUGAUACUGCCGGACCGGCCAAAGAUGACAGUAUACAAAGAGAAGGGAUGAUCCGGUGGGCUGAUGGAUUUGUAAUUGUUUAUGCCGUUAACGACAGGGAGAGCUUUGACGAGGCGCGGGACACGAAACAGUACCUAGACCAAGUGAAAAGAACCAAUGUCCAUUGCGUGCUUAUCGGGAACAAAACCGACCUGCUUCAUGAGCGUAAAGUGACGACGUCUGAAGGGCGGCAGUUAGCUCUGGAGUUGUCCUGCGCUUUUGUCGAAACGUCAGCCAGCGACAGCAUGCUAGAAAUAUCUGAGGCGUUCCAGGAUCUCCAUCGGGAUAUACGACGCCGGAAACAGAUGGAGGGGAAGCCUAGACGUCGAAGCUCUGCGCAACAAAUGCAGUUACAUACAAGUAUAAAAAUACACAUGCAGAUAUUUCUGUAUGCUGAUACUACAUCUAUCUAUCUAUCUAUCUAUCUAUCUAUCUAUCUAUCUAUCUAUCUAUCUAUUAUAUAUAAUACAUAA